AUGAGCCCCAAACGACUACGCGAAGAUGAUCGCGUAGUCGCGGCCGACAGACCCAAGAGAGCCAAAUCUUCAGGCUUCUCGGUUGGUCCAGCAAAUUUACCUGAUGGAACUUACCGGCGGAAGACGCAAAAAAUCAAGAAGGAUCUAAUCCAGAAAGCCAAAGUCAAGAAAGCAUACGCGAAGAUCAAAGCUCAAUCACAAAACGAAAAUCCUCAGCCAGACCCCCCACGAAUUCUGUCCGAGCCGGGCGAAGCAGCCCAGCCUCACUCACCACCUGCGCCUGCCGCUUCCCUUGAACUGCAUCCAGAGCGCCAGGCCUUGCUCAAUGAAGAGCCAAAGUCUCGACAAAAGCAGCAUCGUUUGAACAGUUCUCACAAUUUACACUCCGCUAGACCCAAAACAUCUUCUUACCACAAAGAACUUGAAGUUGGCGCUCAGCGCAGAGCGGAAAUUGCGGCCAAUGCUGACGCGAGACUCGCUAGAGACAGAGAGCGUCGGGCAAUGGCGAAAGCAAAACGCCCGGGAAAAGAUGGCAAAGCAAAGCUGGGACGACAAGGCACAGCUCUGUUGACACGCAUACAGAGGCUGACAGCCGAAGGAAAAAUCUGA